CAGCCCAGGACGACAAGAUGCCGGGAGGUGAGGAGUGUGAGCCCCACUCCCAGCCGUGGCAAGUGGCCUUAUUUGAGCGUGGGCGCUUCAACUGCGGUGCUUCUCUCAUUUCCGCACACUGGGUGCUGUCUGCAGCCCACUGCCAAACCCGCUUCCUGAGAGUGCGCCUGGGCGAGCACAACCUGCGCAAGCGCGAUGGCCCCGAGCAGCUGCGGACGGUGGCUCGCAUCCUCCCGCACCCGGGCUACGAAGCACGCAGGCAUCCCCACGACAUCAUGCUGCUCCGUCUAACCCGGCCCGCGCGCCUGUCCCCGCAAGUGUGCCCCGUGGCGCUGCCCACGCGUUGCCCCCAACCGGGUGAGGCCUGCGUGGUGUCUGGCUGGGGCCUGGUGUCUGAUGACAAGCCUGGGACCAAAGGGAGCACAGAGUCACAAGUGAGUCUCCCGGAUACGCUGCAUUGUGCCAACAUCAGUGUUAUCCCGGCCACAUCUUGUAACAAGGACUACCCGGGGCGCCUGAUGGCCUCUAUGGUGUGUGCAGGAGUAGAGGGCGGAGGCAUGGAUUCCUGUGAGGGUGACUCCGGGGGACCCCUAGUCUGUGGGGGAGUCCUGCAGGGCAUUGUGUCCUGGGGUGAUGUCCCCUGUGAUGCUACAAUGAAGCCUGGAGUCUAUACCAAAGUCUGCAGCUACUUGGAGUGGAUUAAGGAAACCAUGAAGAAGAACUGA